AUGGCGCUAGUGCGCCGCAUACUAGGCGACGCCCAGGCGAAACUCCGCAAGAUGGUCGACGAGCAAGUAUCGGUGGGUGCUCGGGUUGACGCGGAUGCGGAGCCCGAGCCGGCCGACCCGCUGAUCACGCCGGCUAGCUCGGCGCUCGAGCGGCCCGAACUCGACCGGCCGAUCCCGCCCGAGCGCCGCCUCCUCAUUGGAACAUUGGACAAACGCAAUGGAGGGCUCAGCGUUGACAAGGAGGGCACGCUCAAUAGGACCACGCGACUGUCUAUACGAAAUGGGAAGGACAAUCCUUUUAUAGACGAUGACAAUAAAGAAAACCAAGCGAAUGGAAAGCUCGAGUCUCCAGUCAAAUGGUCAACACAAAACGGCAGCGACAGUGGAACUUACGCUGAAAUCGGCAACGGCGGCAAUAGUCAUACCAGUGAAAGGAACAUUCUAGAUCCGGCGGACAGUUCCGAAGAAGAAGUACCUCUACCUGAUGCUACUUCACCAGGACGGAGUAGUGAUGGACCUGAACCAAGAGCCGAUAUCACUGCUACUCUAGAAGGAGAUGCCGCUUCCCCGGGCGGUCGUUCGGAUCGGUCUCGUCAGGAAGAAGUCCCGGCGUCCCCUGGGAUGCUCACCGCAGCCCAAGUCGCGAGGAGGCUGCGAAUGGAAAAUGAAAGAUUACAGGCCGAGUUAACUAGAGUACGUCGCCUAUUAGUAGCGGCGGCAGAAAGAGGUGAGGCGGGCAGCACAUUACUGGAGCGAGCCAAGUCUGAUACACAAGAUGGACCUCAAUUGGACCCACAGCAACUCGAGAAGGAAUUGUUGCUCGCUAGAGAAGCUGUUAACUCUUUGAAAGCAGACAAAAAGAGGUUGAAAGCGGAGAAAUUUGAUUUACUAAACCAAAUGAAACAACUCUACGCCACGCUCGAAGACAAAGAGAAAGAGCUCCGAGACUUCAUAAGAAACUAUGAACAGAUGCGUUCUCGAGGCGGUGCGUCUUCAGCACUAGGUGCAGAGCGAGCGGAGCGGGAGCGAGAGCGAGCAGCGUUAUUACGUCACGCUCGUGACGAAGCGGAGCGAUCGCUACAACUAGCCGCCGCGCUUAGUGCCAGGGAUACGCAGCUCAGACACGCCAGAGAACAACUGUUCGAGGCUCGGAGACAGCUACAAGCAGCAGGGUGUCUGUCAGAGGGCGAGAGCGUGGCGUCGCUCGGCAUGGGCCCGCCGAUGAUGCUGGGAGGCCCCUCCGGCUUGAUCGGUGAUAGAGGCAGCUGCAGCGCCGACUCCGGUGUUAGAGGUAGCAGCGACGGUGGCGCCACGUCGGUGUGUGGCGGCAACUUAUCAGACUCGACGGCGGAGGGCGCGCCGCCCACGCUCGACGCGUAUGACACGGACGCCGCCUCGCUCGUGUCUUCUGCUCAUCAUAUCUAUCAACUAAGCACACCUCGUGACUGCAGUCCGACUCUGUCGCCACACAACAGUGCGUCGCCCUUCACACGGUCCAUUGACGCCGGAUCCCUAUCAAGGUCAGUGGAACAGCUAUCGAGCCCAGGUGAAUGCGAGGCCGCGUUACUGGGCGGCGUGCGAGGCCGGUCAGGCGCGGGCAGCAAGGGCUCGCGAGGCCGCGGCUCCGCGUGGGGCUCCAUAUCGCGCGUCUUCGCGCGUUCUAGGCACCGCACCAAGUCCGGGAGCGCGGCUAUUAGCGGUCAUGAGAGUGAGCCGAUCUACUCGGGUCCUGGUAGCACUCGCGCGUGGUCGCCUCUGGGAAGCGAAGCCGCGUUGAGAGAAGCCGCGUCAUUGCCGCUCUCAAGAUGGCGGGCCCCCGCCAUUAUAGCGUGGCUGGAACUGGCAUUAGGCAUGCCACAGUAUGCUGCUGCUGUUGCUGAUAAUGUCAAGAGUGGCAAGAUCCGUGCUUUGAAUGGGCAGGUUCUGCUCGAGCUGUCUGACGCGGACCUGGAGGUGGGGCUGGGCAUCUCGCAGCCGAUGCAUCGCAAGAAGCUACGCCUCGCCAUCGAGGAGCGGAGGCGGCCCGACCUCGUCAGGAACCCCAGUAUAGGACAGCUCACCCACGCUUGGGUUGCUGCUGAGUGGCUGCCGGAUUUGGGCUUGUCGCAGUAUGCGGAGUCGUUCCUGGCAAACCUGGUGGACGCUCGUAUGUUGGACACCAUCAGCAAGAAGGAACUAGAAAAGUACCUCGGAGUGACAAGGAAGUUCCACCAGGCCUCCAUCGUGCACGGCAUACAUCUGCUUAGAAUAAUGAAGUACGAUCGACAGGCGCUCGCUGUCAGACGGCACCAAUGCGAGAACGUCGACGCCGAUCCCUUAGUUUGGACCAAUCAGAGAUUUAUGCGAUGGGCUCAUAAUAUUGAUUUAGGUGAAUUUGCGGAAAAUCUCAAAGACAGUGGAGUGCACGGCGGGCUCGUGGUCCUAGAGCCGUCGUUCACCGGUGAGACAAUGGCGACCGCGCUCGGCAUUCCUCCAUCCAAGAGCAUAAUCAGAAGACACUUGGUAGCAGAAUUCGAUGCUCUCGUCAUCCCAGCGAGAAACUUGUUCGGUCACCAAAUCAGGAUGUUGGGUAGACCGUUUUCGAGGUCAGUUGCGACUGGAUUACCGGGCAUCGAUCUUAGUGGAGACUCUAGGAGGCACAGCUUGAGGGGUUCAAUAACUCGGGCUCUAGGGGUGUUAAAACCAAAACACGAGAGGACAUCACCUUCGAGUUCUAGCGAGAGUUCCAGCGUGCUGAGUCUGACUCAACCUUACCAGCUGUCGUAUUCACCGCCCAUCGCCGUUCGCACGCUCUCCCAACUGAGUAUGACGUACGCGCCGCCGCCGACACUGCAGGAAUACGAGCCUAUAUACACGCCGCUGAGCUUGUACUCCCAGUCCAGUGUUUCUACGAGAGACAGCCUCACUAGGCUCAAUGAUAUCAAGGAGAACUCUAGUAUUACUCAUAGGUACGGACACAAAGCGGACCAUGCUCACCGAGUGAGCUCGCCUCUGCCGGCCAAGUCGGCUGACGACGCAGUUCUGAAACAGAAGCGACAUCGCCGCGUUAAGAGCAUCGGCGACAUCAACGCCUGCACUAAAGCACCAGUGUAAACCCAACUUUACGUCAAUUGUGUUACAAGCUUUAUCAUUCAGUGGUGUUUGGGAGCACUGGUGACCUAGGAGAUAGAAAACAUUUGCUUCUAGUCAAAAUAUUCUUAAAAAAUAGUGCAAUUUUAUCAGAAAUAUUCUAGAAAGAUCGUAUCAGAAACAGUAGGGUUCCCAAUAUCAGAAACAGUAGGGUUCCCAACAUAUCAUUCCAUGCAAAUGUUGUCAUCAGCUGAUCUCGAACAUCGCUUGUAUGACAAGGCUCUGUAUGACCUUUACCCUAAAUAUUACUUUGGUAGGUACAUGUUCGUUCCUUUUACGCGAAUCUCAUUGUCCUCUUCUUUGUAAACCCAAUUGUAUUUCAGUCCAUUUGGAUACAAAAAUUGUUGACAUUUCCUUUUGUGAGGAUACCUAAGAAAAAAAUGGAGCAUCAUGUAUAUUUAGGUCCAAUAUAGGAUCUAUUUUAUUGACUCUGUUAAAACCAGUCUAGUCGUUAUAAAAUCCUCAUCGUGUAUAGAAAUAUUUAAAACUAUGUGUGUAGAAAUAAUUCGAAAGAACCCAAAAUCAUUCGAUUUGAAGAAACAUAGAUAAACUUAGAAUAGUAAAGAUCCAUUCAAAUGAACAUACAAUUUACUAUUAUUGUGGUAAGAGUAAAUAAAAUUCUGAACGUAGCAAAAUUUCGCCGCUGGCGUGCAGCCGGAAUGCAAGAGAACUUUUUGAAAACCACACAUUGAACGGUGAUGUGAAAAGAUGCUCACAAUAUCAGAAAACGUGCGAAUCUGAAUGGAUCCUUAAAAAAAAACUAAGGUUCGAAAUAAAAUGUAAACUUACGAUCAUUACAAAGCGAGGACCAAACCGAUAACCGAUAUUAAUUAGGUCAAUCAAUCAUUGGAAUUCGCGAUAGAGAGCCGUAUUUUGAUAGCUAUAACCACAAUAAUGGUUGCGUUUAUGAAGGCAGCCUAUAUCAACAUUGAAACUAAAGUUUGUGCGGACGCAAAUAUCAUUUUGUACAAAGUCGCAUAUCAACUUUCAAAUGAAUUUGUCAAAGCAAAUAGACUGAGGUUAAAUAAUAAUAGUUACAUUUGACUGUCUUAUGAUAUUCAGUAUUACAAUGUACGGGAUAGUAAUAAUUUAAUAUGUGUAACUUUUAAAUGUUUUCGAAUAAGUUUUCACAAUGAUCAUUUUACUUAUAAAAGUGUAAGUAGUGAAACUAGUCAAUACGUACGAAAUGCUGUAAGAAAUACCAAAUGUUAGGUA